GAUCUCCUGGUCGAUAAGCUAUUGUAACGCAGGCAAGGAGAUAAGUUCGACGAGGCCAGUGUUACCUGCGCGUAUAAACAGUUGCUAUAGUAACGGGUGUUUUACGACACCGGUUAGCUGAAGGUCUGGCAAUGCCGCUCCUCAGCCUUGUGGUGACAUAGUCAAGCCAAAGAUUCAGGCCACAAUCUUUUGACAUCGUGACAUGAACUUUGAUCAAGAUUCUUUUUGCCCUUGUCAGCGUGUCGGCAGAAACAUGUCUGGCUAAACCAUAUGUUGGCGAGCUUGACCUACCUGGAAACCAGAUACGAUACUUAACGCUACAGAUCACCAUGUUCAUGACGCCAGUCAUCUCGGGGUCGUCCCGUGUGAGCAGCGACGCAUUUGGUCUCAUGCCCCUCAAUGCGCUAAAUGGCUCCGACUCAACGUUCCCCAUGUGCUCGGACACAUCAUCCGCCAUUGUUCCACCGUCGUAUGAAGAAGCAAUGACGAGCGUUCUUUGCGGUAGUUUGGCGUUCGACGUUCAAAGAGAUUCCCGAAAUCCGUCACCCACCACCCCUCGGUCCAGAAAACUAGAGGCCUCGCCGAGAAGUUUCAAGAUGUCUCCAACACCGUCGCGUGUUGCCCCUGUGACUCCUCGGGAAGAUGACGUCAUGAUUUGUCUCUCCCAUGAACAUAACGAUUUUUCACUGCUACGUUCGUCGCCGAUUCCCCACAUACAGACUGACAAAGCUUAUAGAAGUUCAAGGUCACCGCAGCUGAAGAGAAAUAACUCGGACCCACCCCCGGCUUAUGAUGACGUAGUGAACAUACCUCGUAACGCCACUUCCUGUCCAUCCUUUCCGCGCUCAAGAAGCGUCGACUAUUCGAUUGAGUCCGCCAACAUCAGUGUUAUCAGCGCAUCAGGGGUGCAUGGUUACGUGUUAUCAGAGAUUGAACAAAGUUUGCAUACGAAACGACAAAAGAAGAAGCGCAUGCGCCAUGUGAUGUGCGGAUCUGUGACUGUGGCUAUAGUGGUCGUGAUCCUUGUGGUCAUCGUGCUAAUGACUUCCGGUACCCUUCUGUCAAACAAUAGUCAAGGUCAUUCUGCGCAGACGACAACUCAAGCAACGAACGCGGAGCACAAGGAACGACUUGUCAGAUCCACAUUCUUUACACAAAUCAACCUAACUCCAAGGGCAAACGGACUGAAAAUAACACGUGUCGUAGGUCUUCGAAAUGAACGUUCUGCAAAUGGUGGCCAAGUCAACAAUGUCAUUGUUGCCUUGUAGGAUGCGGAAUAUUAUCAUGUUUAAAUCGUAGGUGCUCAAAAGAAUCACAUUUUCAUAAAAAUCCUUCACAGCAAUUUUCGGUGUCACGGGUGUCCCAGUCGUCACAGGCGUCGCAGUUCGCUCUAUAGAGUUGCCUCCCGUAGGCGUGCCAGAAACCUAUGAUCGAGGGUUCAAAUCCCGGUGAUUAUGUUUCUCAAAAUGUCAGCACCAUACCCUUGCUACCCAAAGUGGUAAACGUCUAAGACCUGCAUCACUUCGGGUUUUCCUCCCACAUCCAGCUGACACUUUUAUAACUAAAUUAAUGUUCAAUGGCAUCACACGACAUCCCAAACACAAAUACGUAUAAUUUUGCAUUCAGUGGGAUAUUCUCUUUUGUGUUAUAUCAUCCGUCAUAUAAGCUAAAGCCAAAGCACUGUAAACAUCCUCUUCAACAUAUGGAAAAUAUCUGCAUGUUUCACAUUUUCCCCACCGUCAGCCUCAUUUCAUGUAUAUUUUGAAAUACAGUAAACUACGGUUAUAACGAACUCGCUUAUAACGAACUGAACGAUAUAACGAACUUAUUUUUAGUCCCGACCAUUUGUUGUAUAAAUUCUGUAUAUAUGCUUAUAACGACGACAGUUGUUACAAAUUAAAUUAUGUGGUCUCUUCGAGUUCGUUAUAACCGUAGUUUACUGUAUACAUAUCGGAAUAAAUGUUAUAACAUAAAAAUCACAUUCUUAAUGACAAUUGUUCGCACGUUUUCAAGGAGCGUAUAAUCUUUCUUAAGCGUCGUCAAUACCCCGAACGUCUAAAACCUGCAUCACUUGAGUAUUUCGACCACUGAAGAUCCGGGGAGAGAAUAGGGUACGCUUGUACAAAACAACCUUAGCGCUACGACUGUCGUAAGUCUAUGUUAGGGUAUGGGAGUUACGAUCACCUUGGCGAUAAGAUCGCUCUGUACAAGGGCACUCAGGUCUUCAGCAACCCAUGCUUGUCGUAAGAGGCGACUAUACUUGUCGUAAGCGGCGACUAACGGGAUCGGGUGGUCAGGCUCGCUGACUUGGUUGAUGCA